ACGCAUGCGCAAUGAUUAUUGUGUAAGCUGUUUGCAAGCUGGCCAGAUCCAGUUCUUGUAGAAACGAUGUUUUCUGCUGCAGUUAUAUCAAGGAGCUCUAAAUUGCACCAAUUGGGUUCGCUUCUUCGCCGUUUUCAAAGUACACUAGUGGUUGCUGAGCAUGACAAUGAAUCCCUGUACCCAAUCACACUGAAUGCUGUGAGUGCAGCUAAACAGAUAGGGGAAGAUGUAUCAUGUCUGGUUGCUGGAACACAGUGUGCCAAGGUGGCAGAAGAAGUGAGCAAGAUAGCAGGUGUGAAAAAGGUAUUAGUGGCAGACCAUGAUGCAUUCAAAGGAUAUAUGCCAGAGGCUCUUACUCCCCUACUCUUGUCUACACAACAGCAGUUUAACUUCACACAUAUUUUAGCUGGAGCCACAGCUUUUGGUAAAAAUUUAAUGCCCAGGCUUGCAGCUAAGUUGGACGUGUCACCAGUAUCAGACAUCAUAGGUGUCAAGUCUCCAGACACUUUUGUCCGCACAAUCUAUGCAGGGAAUGCUAUCCAAACAGUGAAAUCCAAAGAUAAAAUAGUGGUCCUUACUGUAAGAGGAACAUCCUUUGAACCUGCAGAGACGUCUGGAGGAAGUGCUGGCCAAGAAACUGUGAGCGCUGAUGUCUCCAACGAGCUGUCCAGUUAUGUUGGGUCAGAGAUUCACAAGAGUGACCGCCCAGAACUUGCUGGGGCUGCCACUGUUGUCUCAGGAGGUAGAGGAAUGAAAAACGGAGAAAAUUUCCAGCUUCUGUACAAUCUUGCCGACACAAUGCAGGCAGCCGUGGGAGCCUCUCGUGCUGCUGUGGACGCAGGAUUUGUACCCAAUGACAUGCAGGUUGGACAAACCGGAAAAAUUGUAGCACCUCAACUAUACAUAGCAGUAGGCAUCUCUGGAGCCAUCCAGCAUUUAGCAGGAAUGAAAGACAGUAAAGUUAUCGUGGCUAUCAACAAGGACCCAGAAGCACCCAUAUUCCAAGUGGCUGACUAUGGCUUAGUAGCAGAUCUCUUCAAGGCUGUACCGGAGAUGACGGAGAAGUUAAAGGCAUAAGGAUCAUUCCAGGCAUUUGAUCAAAGCCAUUACAACAGCCUCAUAUUAAACUCAAUCCAAAUACAUUGCUUUUAAAAAGGGUAUAAAGAGACCAAUUGAAUGAGACGUUAUGAGGAACAAUAUUAUAUUACGUAUCUUUCUUUUCUUAAAAAAUCGGCGUUUGUAAAAGAAUUGUGAUUUUGAGAGACAAUGCAGAAUUCCACUAAAUAUACGCAAAAGAAAGAUCAAGUUGCUAGUGCUUUUCAGAGGACUCCAGCUUAAAAAAUAUUGCCCUGGCAGACAAAAAUGGACAUAUCCAUCACAUAUUUUCAAAAGAAGAUUUGCGCUAUUGCGUCUUGUUGAUAUUUGAUUAAUUGUGUAGAAAGUAAACAAUGUGAUAUCACCAUUUAAGAUGUUUUUAAAUUGUAACUUAAAAGUAUCUUUAUAAGUUGCUGUAAUAGUUUCUGUAAAACAAAAGCUAGCGGUUUUCAAAUCGCCUGGAAUAAAAGCACAGGUGUUAUUGAAGAUUC